AAUCUUGCAACGUCUUCUCCAAGAUACAACACACAUAUUAUGAUAUGAGCUACAAUAUCAUUUUCCCUUCCACAGCAGUCCCUCAUCCACAAUCUCCAUUGAAACCAAUGGAGAAAGCUCUUCUUCUUCGUUCUAUUUCUUCUUCUACUUCACGCGCCUGUUUCCGUACCUUCACUCGCCGUCUUUCCUCUUCCACUCGCCACCGUCUUAUCCCUAACUCUCCCCGCCGUUCUCCUCUCCGCCACCACCUCCGUCAAAUCUCCACCGGUAUUCCCUCACGUAUCCCUUUCUCCACUCGCUUCUCUCAUCUUUCACCUAGAGCUAUCGCAACCUCACCACAGUUCUCAGAUGCUAUUGGAGCUCAAGAGGAUGUUGCCGAGAAGCUUGGAUUUGAGAAGGUAUCCGAGCAGUUUAUUGAGGAGUGUAAGUCGACUGCUGUUCUGUAUAAACACAAGAAGACCGGUUGUGAAGUAAUGUCUGUGUUGAAUGAUGAUGAGAAUAAGGUGUUUGGAGUAGUUUUUCGUACUCCUCCGAAAGAUUCAACCGGAAUUCCUCAUAUAUUGGAACACAGUGUACUAUGUGGUUCAAGAAAGUACCCUCUAAAAGAACCAUUUGUUGAACUACUAAAGGGGAGCUUGCAUACGUUUCUAAAUGCAUUCACAUAUCCUGAUAGGACAUGCUAUCCGGUUGCAUCCACAAACACAAAGGAUUUUUAUAAUCUGGUUGAUGUAUACCUAGAUGCCGUUUUCUUUCCUAAAUGUGUGGAGGACAUACAGACUUUCCAACAAGAGGGUUGGCAUUAUGAGCUGAACGAUCCUUCAGAAGAAAUAACUUAUAAAGGUGUUGUGUUCAAUGAGAUGAAAGGUGUUUAUUCCCAGCCUGAUAACAUAUUAGGCAGAACAUCGCAACAGGCUGUUUUCCCAGACAAUGCUUAUGGUGUUGACAGUGGUGGUGAUCCCCAAGUUAUACCCAAACUUACAUUUGAAGAGUUCAAGGAUUUUCAUCGCAAGUAUUAUCAUCCAAGUAAUGCAAGGAUCUGGUUUUAUGGAGAUGAUGAUGCAAAUGAACGCCUGAGAAUCUUAAGUGAAUAUCUAGAUAUGUUUGAUGCAAGUCCAGCUCGUCAUGAAUCAAAAGUAGAAACACAGAAACUGUUUUCUAUGCCGGUUAGAGUCGUUGAGAAAUAUCCCGCAGCUGAAGGUGGUGAUUUGAAGAAAAAUCACAUGGUAUGCCUUAAUUGGUUGCUCUCUGAUGAGCCUCUGGACUUGGAAACAGAGCUUGCUCUUGGAUUUCUUGACCAUUUAUUACUGGGCACUCCUGCGUCUCCUCUAAGGAAAAUCUUGCUUGAAAGUGGUUUGGGAGAUGCCAUAGUUGGCGGUGGAAUAGAAGACGAGCUUCUUCAACCUCAGUUUAGCAUUGGAUUGAAGGGUGUUUCUGAAGAAAAUAUUCAAAAAGUUGAAACUUUAGUCAUGGACACCCUUGAAAAUUUGGCAAAUGAAGGUUUCAACAUGGAGGCUGUAGAGGCUUCCAUGAACACAAUCGAGUUUUCUCUCCGUGAAAAUAACACUGGAUCAUUUCCCCGUGGCCUUGCCUUGAUGCUUCGGGCUGUCGGGAAGUGGAUCUAUGAUAUGGACCCAUUUGAGCCAUUGAAAUACCAAGAACCAUUGGCAGCAUUGAAAGCUAGAAUCGAAAAAGAAGGAUCAAAGGCAGUAUUUGCUCCAUUGAUAGAGAAAUAUAUAUUAAGGAAUCCUCACCGUGUAACGAUUGAAAUGCAGCCUGAUCCUGAGAAAGCAUCCCAAGAUGAAGCAGUAGAGAGAGAAAUUUUAGAGAAAGUUAAAGGGAGUAUGACAAAGGAAGAUCUUGCAGAGUUGGCCCGUUUAACCCAUGAGCUAAAACUGAAGCAAGAAACUCCUGACCCACCAGAAGCUCUGAAAACUGUUCCAAGCCUCUCUUUGCAAGACAUCCCUAAAAAACCCAUUCAAAUCCCUAUCGAGGUUGGAGAUAUCAAUGGGGUAAAAGUAUUGCAGCAUGAUCUCUUCACAAAUGAUGUUCUAUAUUCUGAAAUUGUAUUUGAUAUGAGCUCACUGAAGCAAGAACUCAUUCCCCUGGUUCCACUCUUUUGUCAAUCAUUGCUGGAAAUGGGUACGAAAGACCUGGACUUUGUGCAGCUAAAUCAGUUAAUUGGAAGGAAGACUGGAGGCAUAUCUGUAUUCCCUUUCACAUCAUCAAAGCGUGGGUCAGAAGCUCCAAUAAGUCAUAUUAUUGUUAGAGGCAAAGCCAUGUCAGCACGCACUGAAGAUCUUUUUAACCUGGUUAACUGUAUUCUCCAAGAUGUCCAGUUUGCAGAUCAAAAGCGCUUCAAGCAGUUUGUCUCCCAAAGCAGAGCUAGAAUGGAGAAUCGAUUAAGGGGCAGUGGUCAUGGAAUUGCAGCUGCAAGGAUGGAUGCAAAGUUAAAUAGUGCAGGAUGGGUCUCUGAACAAAUGGGUGGUGUCAGUUACAUGGAGUUUCUGAAGGAUCUUGAAGAGAAAGUUGAACAGGACUGGAGUGGAAUUUCUGCGUCCCUUGAAGAGAUCCGCAAAACCUUGCUCUCCAAGCAAGGUUGCCUCGUAAACCUAACAUCUGAUGGGAAAAACCUUAAAAAUUCAGAAAAAUAUGUCAGGAAGUUUCUUGAUCUGCUUCCAAGUACUUCACCAAUUACACCAGCUUCUUGGAAUGCACGUAUUCCAUCAACAAAUGAAGCAAUCGUGAUACCUACUCAGGUAAAUUAUGUAGGAAAAGCUGCAAAUGUGUAUGACACUGGUUACCAACUUAAGGGGAGUGCAUAUGUUAUCUCUAAACACAUAAGUAACACUUGGUUGUGGGACCGUGUGCGAGUAAGUGGCGGGGCUUAUGGAGGCUUUUGCGAUUUUGACACUCAUUCAGGAGUUUUUUCAUUCCUAUCUUAUCGGGACCCUAAUUUGUUGAAGACAUUGGAUGUAUAUGAUGGAACCAGUGAUUUCCUAAGACAAAUGGAAAUGGAUGAUGAUACUCUUACAAAGGCAAUCAUUGGGACAAUUGGUGAUGUAGAUUCAUACCAGUUACCUGAUGCCAAAGGAUAUAGUAGCUUAUUACGAUACUUGUUAGGGAUUACAGAAGAAGAAAGACAAAUAAGACGUGAGGAGAUACUAUCAACAUGCUUAAAUGACUUCAAGGAGUUUUCAAAUGCAAUUGAUGCCAUCAAGGAUAAAGGUGUGGUGGUAGCUGUGGCAUCACCUGAUGAUGUUGAGGCUGCAAAUAAAGAGCGAUCAAAUUUCUUUGAAGUGAAGAAAGCCCUCUAAGAAGCCCGAAUUUAUGACAUGAGUACGUUAUAGGAAUCAUAUUUUUAGAUUAGAACAAUAUUUUUUUUCUAGACAAGUUAGGAUGAAUAGAUGAACAGUUACAUGUCCGACUUGGCUCAUUUAGACAUUUACUUAUAAUUUUUACCGUGCUGUUAUUUUCCGAAACAUGCACACAUAUUUUCAUAAUUCGUAGUUCUAAUGUAUUUCGACAAAAUUUUGACCCA